UAGGGGUUUAUUUAGAGCACAAACGGCCGCUGAGCAUCGGAAAAUUUUUCAUCUCCUCCAUUGUUUCUCUCAAAAGACAAAAAGAGGAAGAAAAGAUGAGCAGAUCAGGUCAGCCUCCAGAUCUCAAAAAGUAUAUGGACAAGCAGCUUCAAAUCAAGUUGAAUGCCAACCGCCAAGUUGUGGGGACUCUUCGUGGGUUCGAUCAGUUCAUGAAUUUGGUUAUCGACAAUACUGUUGAGGUCAAUGGAAACGAUAAGAAUGAGAUUGGCAUGGUGGUAAUUCGGGGUAAUAGCGUGGUGACAAUUGAAGCUCUGGAACCGGUUGCCAGACCACAGUAAUACGAAUGAAGCUGAUUAUUCAAGGAUCUUUAUCUAUGUUCAAGAUAUUUACUGCUCUUAUGGAACCUAAGUGAAAUUAUGUAUUGUACCUGAAUUA